AUGGGAUUACACUAUGUCUUAGGUGAACCGUUCGGUUUUUGCAAACACGAAAAAGAUACCACUGCUUCUAGAAAGUUCUUGCAGGAGUUUCUACAGGAUAUCCCGCCACCAAUUAUUGGCCCAGUGUUCGACAAAACGGUGCCGAAUAACGUGACCGGGUUGGUUGGUAGAACCGCGUACUUACAUUGCAGAGUCAAGAACCUGGGCAAUCGAACCGUAUCGUGGAUACGACAUCGGGACAUACAUCUUCUCACUGCGGGAAGGUACACAUAUACAAGUGACCAACGGUUCGAAGCCAUUCAUGAACCACAUUCAGAAAACUGGUCGUUAAGGAUAAAAUAUCCUCAAAAAAAAGAUUCUGGUAUAUAUGAAUGCCAGAUAAGUACAACUCCGCCCAUAGGUCAUCCUGUAUACUUAACUGUAUUAGAACCAACUACCGAAAUACUGGGAGGUCCGGAGCUGUUCAUUGAUCAGGGUAGCACGAUAAACCUCACCUGCUUGGUGCAGUUCGCACCGGAACCUCCGCCGACCGUUGGCUGGACGCACGAAAAACAACCCAUAAAUUUCGAUUCUCCACGAGGCGGAAUAAGCCUGGUAACGGAAAAAGGGUCGACCACCAGCAGCAGAUUAUUAAUUCAAAAGGCGUCGUCUUCAGAUACCGGCUACUACUCUUGCGAUCCGUCAAAUGCAAAUUCGGCCACCGUCAGGGUUCAUAUAUUAAACGGUGAACAUCCGGCCGCCAUGCACCACGGCCAGGGCAGCAUCCCGCUGUGCCCACCGAUUGUCAGCGCCAUGAUCGUACCGUUUUUGCUCAUCUUCACUGCCAGAGACCUAUAG